GGGCUCGCGCGCGCUCCCGGGCGGCAGCUGCGGCGGCGGCGGCAGCAGCAUCCAACGGCAGCAGCCCAGGGCGGCAUCGGGCAGAGCGGGCAGGACUGACAGACAGACAGGGCGCCGGGGACGCGGACCCCAAGCGGGCCGGCCAUGGAGGGAGCCUCGUUUGGCGCGGGCCGGGCGGGGGCCGCCCUGGACCCCGUGAGCUUCGCGCGGCGGCCGCAGACCCUGCUGCGGGUCGCAUCCUGGGUGUUCUCCAUCGCUGUCUUUGGGCCCAUAGUCAACGAGGGCUACGUGAAUGCUGACAGCGGCCCGGAGCUGCGCUGCAUCUUCAAUGGGAACGCGGGCGCCUGCCGCUUCGGCGUGGCGCUCGGCCUGGGCGCCUUCCUAGCCUGCGCCGCCUUCCUGAUGCUGGACCUGCGCUUCCAGCAGAUCAGCAGCGUCCGCGACCGCCGGCGGGCGGUGCUGCUGGACCUGGGCUUCUCAGGGCUCUGGUCGUUCCUCUGGUUCGUGGGCUUUUGCUUCCUCACCAACCAGUGGCAGCGCACGGCGCCCGGACCGGGCACGGUGCAGGCGGGGGACGCAGCGCGCGCCGCCAUCGCCUUCAGCUUCUUCUCCAUCGUCAGCUGGGUGGCGCUCACCGUGAAGGCACUGCAGCGGUUCCGCCUGGGCACCGACAUGUCGCUCUUUGCCACCGAACAGCUGGGCGCAGGAGCUGGCCAGGACUACCCUGGCUAUCCAGUGGGCAGCGGCGUGGAAGGCACCGAGACCUAUCAGAGCCCACCCUUCACCGAGACCCUGGACACCAGCCCCAAAGGGUACCAGGUUCCUGCCUACUAGUAACCAGCAGGCCUGAACCAGGGCUCAAAGGCUGGCCCCACCAUCGCAGGCCCCAGAGGCUCCUGGGACCUCUCUCGGAUCCUCCUGACCGAGGGACAGAGCAGGUGGCCACGGUGGGUUGUCUGGGGCCAAGAGGGGGUAGACCCCAGGGAGCCUGUGGUGUCCCCCCAGUUGUCUCCCCUGGUCCCUGGCCUGGGGUCCUGAGAAGGGGGCAGCGCAUCUUUGACUGGUGUUGAGGCCCUAGAGGACUAGUGUGGGCAGGGGCCAUUCCCCUCGAGGAGCAGUCAGGCUGGCUCACCUGCCCACUUGGGUCAAGGACCCAGCUGGACAGCUCUGCCCUCACCCAUGACCAGGGAGCUUGUUCCCUGUCCUGUGUCCCCGUGGCUAGUGACUGUCCUUGCUCCCAUUGUGGUGGUUCAUACUGUCAGCAGGGGCUCUAUUCAGAGCCCACUGCCCCUCCUCCUUCAGGCUCACUUGAGUAGCCUGGCCCUCUCGAUGCUGUGGUCAUGCUCAAGUCUCCACAGCAGACCCCCUCUGUCUGUGGCCCCCAUCCAGUAGCUGCCUGCCCUGCCCAGUCCCCCACUGGGAAGUGGACAGAUCUCACCAGGAAGGUACAACAUGGCCAUGGGCAAGGGUAUCAUAGGACCCCUUGGUGCCUAACAAAACCAACCCCUCAGUGAGAGAGAGCCCCCCCCCCGGGGAUGGCCAUUCCCCACAGACCCCUCCCUGUAGCUUCCGGAACCAGCCCCACCGCCCUGCCUGCACCUCAUUUUAAGACCCAGCCCAGAUCAGAGUCCCUCUGAAUAGCCGACUGCUGCUGCUUUGCCUGAAGCUGGCUCUUCCCGUCCCCCCCCGCCCCCCCCCCCCCGGUACCAGGUGCAGCUGCCACAUGUCAUCGGCACAGAAGCCUCCCUCUGGAGCUGCCGCCGAGUGGCACUUCUACCUUGUAGACUAGAUCCAUCCGUUCUGUGUGGGUAUUUAAGUGAAUAUGUUUACGACUUUUGUAUAUAUGCCCCCCCCCCUCUGGAAAAGAGCACUCAUCCGUGGUUGUGGAUUCUCUAGUGUCCCAGGUUCCAGCUGCGAUGUGUUGACAAUAAAGACAGUACAUGAG